GUUUACCACAACUUUCAAUACCUAAACCUCCAGUCGUGUCGCUAACCACUGGUUACGGGAAACUCAAAGUUAAGGAUUACUUGAGUUUAGAGGACGUGUUGAGACAAAUGAAGCCAAUCGUCACCGAAAAGCCACAACACAUGGAGUCAUUAAAUAUUGGCUCAAAUUAUGGACAAAAUUUUGGUUUCAUUCUCUAUAGACUCGCACAUGUUAAUAAGUUUAAGCAUUUGAAACUAACGGGUGGUGCCUCUGGUCGGGGAGUCAUACUCGUAGACCACAAAGAGGUCGGUGUUGUCGACAACAAUGAAGACUAUAAUCAGGACUUAAAUGACUCGCAAUUUGCAAAUACAACGACUCAUACAUUGGAUAUAAUCGUCGAAAACACCGGUCGACCGAGGAUUGGGGACGAGAUUAAUAGCGCCCGAAAAGGUCUUAACGGCGAUAUCAGUAUCGAUACAAAAGUUGCCACAAAUAUCCAGACAUUUCCGCUUGAAUUCAAAGAACCAUUUGUUAAACAAUUGUCUGAAUUGAAGGGAAAGCCUUUCAUUGAAGGCAUCAAAAGUCCAGCCGUUUAUCGGUUUGAAUUGGAUAUUAAGGACAGU